AUGAGGCCUCAGCCAUUGCCUUCGCCUUGGCCGCCACCAUACGUCAACACCUACAUCCAGGCCCAUGCUUCUACAGUGCGCGAUCUUGCGAAAGGCAGUGAGCCAGCAAACUCCAAGGUCUUGGUCUAUGUUUGCACGGCAAUGAGUUACUGCGGCGGACACGGAGAUCGGCUGAACGGGAUGAUCAGUGCCUUCGUGCUGGCCUUGCUAUCAGAUCGUGCCUUCUUCAUCGACUCGCAGCGCCCUGUACCGCUCAGCAUGGUCUUGCAGCCGAGGCCAGCUGGGCUUGACUGGCGAAUGUUCGGCUCCCAUGCAGCUUUGUCGGCUGGCUUCAACCUCAACGACAACUUAGCCGCUUUUGAAGGGGACCCACAAACCGUGCUCGAAAGUCAGGAGAGAGUCAUAAGGCUCACAUCCAAUCAACGCCUGACCGCAGUGGCCCUUCAGGCUGCAGAGCAGCGUGCAGCUUCUCGAGGCCUCAGCCUUCAGCCGGAGCUGCAUUCGCAUCUUUUCCAGAUGCUAUUCGAGCCGUCACCAGCAUUGCUUGCACGGCUGAACGCCCGGAACCUGCCAGUGGGCCGCCGCAUAGGCAUUCACUUCCGAGCUGGAGACCAGAUGCCGCAGAACUGGAAGGAUCCUCCUCGCCACCCGCUUUCGCAACUGGAUGAGUUUCUGGAUUGCGCAGAGUCUCUGGAAAAGGAGCACGGUUGGGAGGCCACUUUCAUUCUUUUCGCCGACACGGACAAGGUGCUGACCAUCCCCAGGGUCCAGGAACUCAUGUCAUCUGGGAAGCUCGCCUGGCCUAGCGAGUCAGACGGCCUCGUGCACUUGGACAGAUCCCCGGCGACCUUAACUGUGCGGGGUCUUCUACAGACUUGGUCGGAUUGGUGGACCUUGGCCUUUGACGUUGAUGCUUUGGUGCUAUGUCACAGCGGCUUUGGUGCAACAGCCUUGGAGAUCGGUCACAGACGUCCUGCCGUCAUCGGACGGGGCUGCGUGCCAGCAGACGGGAGCACAGGAUGA